GGGAGGGCAGGGGCUGCGGACCGGGCUCCUCCCGGCGCUGCCGCUCGCCCUGCCCUUCGCCGCUCUGGUGCCCUGCCUGCGGGACCCGCCGCUGGCCCGUGCUGCCGGCCCGCCUCAGCCUGCAUGGGUUCCGAAAUGUCCUUCCUGCCUGACCUGGGGGCCUUCACCAUAGGCAUGUGGUCUGUUGGCCUUGGAGCCAUUGGAGCAGCUGUGACAGGGAUUGUCCUUGCUAACACCGACUUAUUUUUGUCCAAGCCAGAAAAGGCUACACUGGAGUUUUUAGAGGAGAUAGACCUAAAAACUUUGGGACCAGAGCAAAGGACAUUCAAAGCAAGUGAACUAUGGAAGGAGAAUGGUGCAGUGAUCAUGGCUGUACGAAGACCUGGAUGAUUUUUGUGCAGAGAGGAGGCUUCUGAGCUCUCCUCUCUGAAACCCCAGCUGUCCAAGCUGGGUGUCCCUCUCUAUGCUGUUGUGAAAGAGAAGAUAGGGACUGAAGUGGAGGAUUUUCAGCAUUAUUUCAAAGGAGAAAUCUUUCUGGAUGAAAAGAAAGGCUUUUAUGGUCCACGCAGACGAAAAAUGAUGUUGUCAGGCUUUUUCCGCUUGGGAGUUUGGCAAAAUUUCUUCCGUGCUUGGAGAAGUGGAUACAGUGGAAAUCUGGAAGGAGAAGGAUUCACCCUGGGAGGUGUAUAUGUGAUUGGGGCAGGAAAACAGGGUGUUUUACUGGAGCAUCGUGAGAAAGAAUUUGGAGACAAAGUCAGCCUUCCAUCUGUCCUUGAAGCUGCUGAGAAGAUAAAACCACAAGCUUCAUAAGUGGAGAAACAGUUGCACAUGUUUCUGAUUAGAGCUUGAAAUGUAGAAUGUAUCCAUGUCUUGAAUGUGUGGUGUAAUUGCUUAACUAUUUAGGGAUUAAUGCACAGGAAAGGUUCUCUAUUCAAACACAGAUAAUGAUGAAAAUCCUCUUGGAUUGUUUUUGAUUCCUUUGCAGCCUUCCAGGUGGUCAGGAUUUCGACUGGUCCUUUGUAUCUGGCUGUAUUUAUGAAAGGCUGGGUCUAAAAUUUGACCUAGCCUAGAUGUUUUCAGUCAGAGACAGUCAGUUGAAAACCUGUCUACCUAGGGAAACACAGCUCUGCUAAGGCUGUAGUAAUGGAGUACCAGCUGAGGGGAAAAGAUAAUAAAACUUUAUGUAAAUGAACUGCCUUUGGUUUUUGCUGUUUCAUUAACAUGUAAAUGAAUCUGUGUUUCUAGAAGACUAC